AGCGGAAUUAGGAAACGCAGUAAGAUCAUAUGACCCGUUGUGAUCACUGCCUGCUUUGCCAGCAACCACGAACAACAUGGCGUGUUUACAGACUUUCCCAGGCGUGUUUGCGGCGUUGUGUUUGUUGUUUCUGUGUUUCCUGCAGCCUGUAGAGGCUUAUGACGGCGGGGACGCAGUGGCUCUGCUCUUGGGGAUGGCCGUCACUGUGGUCGGCUUCUGUGCGUGUCUCGGCUGGUACUCACGGAGACGCAGCGGACAGUUUUGAUACGACCUGUAGGCCUGAGAUCUCCGGAAAUGUCGCCUCCUGAACCCCAAAAAGCCGCGCUAGCUGGUCGCAACUUCCUGAAACUGACUCUUGAUACCACGGUGGAAAAAGAAGGCUAUAAAAGAGGGAAGUCGUGUUACAGCUGUUGAUGUUUAAAGUCAAGAUGCGUUUCCGGUGGACACACCGGGAUUCAAGCACAUCUGUACAACAUCUGGACGUUCCUGUCAUGUCCUGACUCUACACUCUCUUCUUUUCUUCUUCUUCCUCCUGCUAUUAUUACAUAUAACUCACAUGCAAAAAUGUGCCCUGAUGUCACUCAGGUUUUUAAGCACUGGAAGUCGUGUUGCCUUUGCUGUUUUUCACUUAAAACGUGUGGUCUUAAUAUAGUCAGCUAUACUUGAAAGAUUAUUGCUUCUUCCAUAUGCUUAUUUUAUGUAAUAAACUCUAUGAAUGCUGCA